CACACACGGACUCUACUCAAACUCUAAUUCACGUCUUACUUGAAACACAACUCCUAAUUGGACACAAACUCAAGAUCAAUCCCAACACUCACGCGCCCGCGCGCUUUGCCCUACAUACGUGCACACACGGCCACGUACCCUGCACGGCCCGUCAUAUAUCAUCGAGGAUUGACACGUUGGACGUACGGCGAAUCGAUCUAGCUAGCAACUUAGGUUCCGUCGCCGAGGUCCAGUAAAUCCAGAUAUCCCGAGAGAUGAAGUUCAUGGCGGCGUACCUGCUGGCGCACCUGGCCGGGAACCCGAGCCCGAGCAAGGACGACGUGCGCAAGAUCCUCGACUCGGUCGGCGCCGAGGUGGAGGAGGCCAAGCUUGACAUGCUCUUCAAGGAGGUCCAGGGCAAGGAUGUGGCGGAGCUCCUCGCCGCCGGCAGGGAGAGGCUCGCUUUUGCGCCCUCCGGCGGCGGCGGUGCUGCCGUGGGCGGCGCCGAUGGCAGCGCACCUGCUACUGAGGAGAAGAGCAAGAAGAAGGAGGAGAAGGCUGAGGGGAUCAAGGUGGAGGAAGAGGAGGACGACGAGAACAUGUUCAGCCUCUUUGACUAAGCAUCCAUCCAUGGCGUCCAAUUAAUCGAAGCUAUAUCGAUCUAGUAGUAGACUAGUAGUAUAUGUCUAGUCCUUUUUCCUCGUAAGUUUUUCAGAAACGGAAUUUUUUAUCUGUAAAAUCUGUUUUGCUUUGUGCGUUUA